CCGCAGCCAGCAAGUAUUUUUGUCGAUUUAAUAAUUUGGUACUUUCAGGCAGUGAAGUGCUUCGAGAUCAUGAUCAUUAGAUUACCGAUAAGAAGUUGCAUGAUCAGCCUAUCUGUCGUGCGCGAACCCCUUUUUUUUGUCUGACGAUGGAGUAUUCAUCUAACGAUAUCGCAGCCGCGACGAGUUUGCAGGCCUUCACUUAUAUGUAUGUGUCGUUGACGACAUUCUGGACCUAUGAUUAUGUAUGUUCCCUUCGCCAGGAGUGGAUAUUUCUGCUUCGGUCGCGUUGGACCAAAGUAAAAGGCCUUUACAUCGUUACACGGCAUCUCCCCUUUCUCCCACUCACCAUGAAUCUAUAUCUGAGCUUCACCCCAAACAAGAACCUAGGUGAAUGCCGGACAUUGGAAAAUAUUUGCUCAGGUCUCAGCAUGUUAUCGAUUAUUUGCUCCGAAUGCUUUUUCAUCCUCAGAAUAUAUGCGCUCUGGGACAACAAUAGAAUCGUACUUGCAGUCAUGUUGUCCGCCUUUCUCGCUUUUGUCGUAGCAGGUAUUAGCAUUGCAUUUGACAAUACUGUUUCCGCAUCAUAUGCGACCAGCCCUAUACCGGGUAUCACAGGCUGCUACCAGAGCUCGGACAGUGUCCAGCUCUUCAUACCGUUUCUCCUCUCGUCCGUGCUCGAACUUGGACUCAUGAUCCUCACACUCAUACGCGCCAUACAGAACUGGCGGGGGACCAACAGCCAUCUGUAUGUUGUCGUGCUGAAACAUAACAUACUCUACUAUGCAUGUGGUCUUUGUGAGUCAGCACAUGCACACGCCAACCCUUUUUCCGUGCUCAUAUACAUGAUCAUUCUCGUUCCUAAAGUUUUCUCGGUGGCAAAUAUCUUCACGUCGCUGUUCCUCAAUUAUGCAUACCACGCCAUGCUGCACGAUUUUCAGUUCAUCAUUCUUGCAAUUCUCGCCACGCGAAUGCACCGCCAUCUCUGGCAUGAAAUCAGCCCUGAUGCCCUGAUGCGUAUUCCUAUGUCCGACAUGUUAACUGCAGACCGUAUAAUGACUGGUGGGGGUGGACAUAGUUGGGUUCGGGACGCGCUUAAUUUAUGGGGAUGCAUCUUCUGUCGUGGACGGGAGAUAUCUUAUGCACGAGCAUGUCACAAACACCUUCCAAAGUAUCAAGAUGAUAGGAAGAUGAGCAUGGGGAGAGAUGAGCUAGACAAAGAAUGUAUCAUCUCAGUAUCUGGAAGAGACUCAGUUCAAUGUCAUUCACAUCGGUCCUCCUGUCCUGAUUCAUCUGUACGCAACACAAAGAUAGUAUUGUCAUGCUGGAGUCUGAGAAUGAGCACGAUCAGCUCCUCUCUGAUAGUUUGCAAACUGCCUGGGAACCUUUUUGCACCCAAUGACUUGGAGGAGCUUGUAGUUGACAAUUCAUGGCCAACAAAGGCUGCCAACAGGCCCCAGAUAGGUUGUGAAGACAAAGGUGACCAGGUACAAGCUCCAAGCAGCAAAUCCAAGGGUGUGAAGGCAAAAAAAGCUAAGACAAGUCAAGGAUAA